CUCAAAUACAAUGUCUUUUUGAGAGUAUGAACAGUUAUAUUAUAGUACAACUAAAAUAUCUUUUAGUAGUAAAACGAAGUUAGCUUUCUUUUCCUCUUGAACAACACAACCGACCAAGGUUUAAUGAAUUCCUAAAUUCCAUAACGUACCUAUGUACUUUUAUAUUCCGAAAUAGAAAUUCUCGACCUAGGAGUUUGGAGUUUGGACCCAUGAGCUUUUUUUUGAUAUGGGAAACUAUGGAGUUGAUGGGUCAACAGUAACUGGCAUCACUUUCCGAACUAGGAACCCGAGUCCCCCAGAAAUGGAAACCGGACCAAUUUCUUGUCCGUUUCUUAAUUCUAUUGCGGUAGUAGCUUUUUAGCCCUUCUACUAAUCUAUCAGCAUCAUCAAUUUCAUUUUCAAUUCAUUAUUGUUAUUUUCAACUUUUUUGUAUGCUCACCAAAGUCUCUCCAUUUUCCACCACCGUCACCCCAAAUGCUUAAACACAUCACUCUGUCUAGAAAAUGUCGCCCCCAACAAACCCAAAUCAUCACUCUGUCUAUGUGUUAAAUGGUUAGUUGGAUGCUGCAUUCACUGGCUAUCUGUUGUUACUUUGUUGGGUUUUUGUUCGAUUGGAAGUAAAAAAAUGGCAGCUUUAUCUUUGGGAACUCCUGCAAUUAUACGAACUAAAGGUCGGAAUGGUUCAAUGAAUGAGAUGGGCUGGAGGUUUUUCUCUGGAAGAAGAAGUAGACUUAGAAUCAAUGCAAUUGCGAUUGGGGGUACUGAUGAGUUCCCUUCGUUUCUGCCCAAGGAGGUUCACGAAAUUAAAGAUCCGUUUGCACGAGCUUUGGCUCAGAGGAUUCAAAGGCUUCCUGUCCAGGUGGAAUUUUCUGAGGGUUGUAUAAUGAGCAGCUGUGUGAAGCCGCUAAUUCAAUGUCAAAACAACCCUGUGGUUCUUCUCCAUUGCUUUGACAGCUCUUGUUUAGAAUGGCGAUGCGCGCUCCCAUUACUCGAGGAUGCUGCUCUAGAAACAUGGGCUGUAGAUGUUCUUGGAUGGGGUUUCUCUGACUUGGAGAGCCUUCCUCCCUGUGAUGCAGUAUCAAAAAGAUAUCAUCUCUACCAGCUCUGGAAGACUCACAUAAGAAGACCAAUGAUACUGGUUGGACCAAGCCUUGGUGCUGCAGUUGCCAUUGAUUUUGCUGCCAAUUUUCCAGAAGCCGUUGCGAAGUUGAUUUUGAUUGAUGCAAGUGUUUAUGCGGAAGGGACAGGGAUUUUGACAAAACUACCAAAACCAUUAGCAUUUGCAGGGGUCUCUUUGUUGAAAAGCAUUCCACUGCGGUUUUAUGCCAACUUAUUAGCUUUUGAUGAUAUUUCUUUAUCGACAUGCUUCGACUGGACCAAUAUAGGUCGUUUGCAUUGUCUUUUGCCUUGGUGGAAAGCUGCUACAGUAGACUACAUGCUCAGCGGUGGCUAUAACGUGGUUGACAAGAUAAAACAGGUGAAGCCGAAAACUCUUAUCAUCUGGGGAGAAUGUGAUAACAUUGUCAGCAGCAAGGUUGCAAUGAGGUUACACCAUGAGUUGCCACAUGCAAUUGUCCGACUGAUACCAGAUGCUGGUCAUCUCCCCCAUGUAGAAAAGCCGGAUGCGGUUGCAAAAUUAAUUGCCGAGUUUGCUCGAUCUGGAAGCUGUUGAUGAGAAGAGCCGGCCAAUGUCUUGAGCUAGAACACAUUCCUUGUUAAUAGUUCCUAGUAAAUACACUAAUUAGACAGAGCAAAAUGAUAAUAACAUGCCUGUAAGGUUAGAGGAAAGAAAAUGGAGUUGUUGGAUUUGUUUAUGAAAAUCAAACCUUCUUCUUUUUCUUUCGCUACUAUCUACCUAUUUGCAUGUUAGUAUUUCUUUAUAAAAAUUUAUUUAACACUAAAUACACAUCAAAGUGUAUGAUAGAAUCUUUUUAAUUACUCUUUGAAGAUUUACAUAUAUCAUAUCUAUCUAAUAAAAAAGAUGAAAAAUAAAAUCAUAGGCG